CCAGCAUCACACAGAUCAUCAUCAUCAAAAGGAUGUACUUCUUUUAACAGGAAUGGUUAUAAAGCAUUGAUGGAAGAUUUGUUUCUAAUAGGAUGAAAUGCUCCUUAAAGUUUUUGUACUUUUUGUAUCAUGGAUAUUUCUGGUAAAUUACGUAUUCAUGACGCCUUUGUAUUCAGUAACAACGAAUUGCGGAUUUGCCAUCACCAACAUAUCAUAUAUUCAGCCUCGUGAUGGAAGUCAGAUUUUUGAAUUUAUUCUAGAACAUUCCGUACUAGAUCCAUACAUUGAUAUUCUUCCAAACAUAACUUACAAGGUGCUACUUAGAACAACUAUACCUGGAAUUAAAGUGUCUGGAUUUCUACUGGAGAUUAAAGAGAAUGAAACGUCGUCAACCUCAUUAUCAGAUUCAGGAAGUUUAAUGAUAGACCGUGAUAUGACAGUUGUAGAUAAUCAAACGGUGAAGUUUUUAUCGAAAAAUUCCAGUAGACUAGAAACAGUUUGUAAUCUAGAUAGCUCAGUCAUGUGGACGCCUCGAAAUUUGAAAAGAUGUUAUAGCUUAAGGGCCAUAUUAAUGACAAAUGAAUCUGUAUUCUACACAGUUUCUACAAAUGUGUGCCGAGCCUCAGGGAGACGAAGUUAUUUCUUGGCUGAUAUACGAGGAGACAUUGAGAGUCCGGGAUUUCCCAAUCUAUAUCCUGAUAAUUAUAACGCUACCUACAUUCUAUUUUCUAUUCACAAAUUGAUUCACUUGCAGUUUCAGUCUUUCAAUUUAGAAUCAUCGUAUAGAGGCAUGUGUUUUGAUGCUGUAUCUGUGAUAUCGGAUAAAACCGACAUUUUAUGUGGUGCUUUGCAGACUGCAGAUUUGCAAACAUUGUACUUCGUAUCCACUACGGGUAAACUUACUGUGACAUUUUCUACUGACAAUAAAAUUGGACACAGUGGAUUCCGAUGUAUUUACUUCACUGAAGAUAAACAUGAAUGCAACAGAACGCUGUCACUUACCAACGAUAACAUUACCAGUAUUGACUACCCACAGCUUUUUGUUCCAUGGAUGUAUUGUGUAAUUAGUAUACGUUUACCAUCGGAGUUUCGCAUUCAAUUGACCAUAAGAGAUAUUGAUAUUCCAAUGAAAACAAACGGAGAGUGCUUAAAUGACAGUUUAAAAAUUAUUUCAGGAAAUAUAAUUGAUACCUUAUGUGGAAAUUUAUCCGAAUAUUCUUCAGAACAAUUGUUUUAUCAAUCUUCACUAUCAGAAGUGGAUAUCAUUUUCUCUUCAAACUAUUUACACGAAGGAAGAGGAUUUUGGAUUGAAUAUUCCAGCCAUGUUUCUUGCUCAAACAAAACUUUUGUAAACACUUCAGGUAAUGUUUAUAGUGAUAACUUCCCGAACAAGUACUCUAACAACCAGGAUUGCUUUUACACAAUUGAAUUAUCCAAAACUAACGGUCUUCUAGAACUUGUUUUUGAAUCAUUUUACACAGAAACCGUCAAUGAUGCCUUUUUGAGAGGAGAUCUAUGCAAUUUAGACUACUUAGAAAUAUACAUAGAUGAUAAAGUAGAACGAAUAUGUGGUCAAUGGAAAGGAAAAGAACACACUCUAUCCUUUCGAACAGAAACAAAUAUGAUUAUGCUACGGUUCGUCACAAAUAAUCAUGUUACUCGAUCUGGAUUUUUUGCCACAUGGCAAAAUAUCUUGCAAAAUAUUACCGUACCUCAAUGUAGUUCAACAUGGAUCGAGCGAGAAGAAUAUUUGUUCGAAAUAGUUCGAAAUCCUUUGACGUGGGAAGAAAGUCAAACUGACUGUCAACAUAAAGGAGGUUAUCUGGCAGCUAUCACUGAUAUGGACACUCAAUUAAUGUUGGAAACAUAUCUAAUUCAAAGUCAAAAUUGUACAUUAGAAUUGGAUGCGUUUUGGAUUGGUGCCAAUGAUAUCAUUACUGAAAAUCAUUUUAUGUGGGUAAAUGGACACCCUGUUGAAUUCGAAUAUUGGUUUCCAGGUUGGCAGGGAAACGAACACUCAAAUAAACAGCCAAGUGAUGAUGGCUUUUCAGACGCGGAUUGCGUUGAAAUUCGUCGUACAUUCCAUAACAUUCAUAAAGGUACAUCUGAAGCUGAACACUUCUUUUGGAAUGACAGAAAAUGUUCCACCAGGAAUCCGUAUAUUUGUCAAAUAAGCAGAUUCGACGAUGAAAAAUCCACUGUUCUACCACCUACAGUACAGAGCUACAUGUAUUAUCUGAAUUUAAGUCAACCAGAUGUCAAUAUUACAAGCCCUGGGUUUCCAGAACAAUAUCCUAAGCUAUCUGAUAUCAAUUAUACCAUUACAGUACCCUCUGGUUACAAUAUUGCUAUUAAGUUUCAUCACUUCAAUAUAGAAUCGUCAGAUUCAUGCAUCUACGAUAAUUUGACAUUAGCCUCUGUUGUCAGGACUGACGAACAUAAAACAACAUGUGGUGACUGGAAUACGAAAUUAAAGAAAAUGACUUGGGUAUCUGAAACAAACAUAGCGAUCCUACGCUUUAGAACAGAUAAAUCUAUAUAUUGGUCCGGAUUCUCUCUGACAGCUUCAAUUUACAGGUAUGACUAUUGUGAUAGCUUAAAUGGUACAUCAUUUUAUCUGAAACCAUCAACAUGUAUACAACCGUUCCUAAUAGAUGUUACUUAUCCGAAAGCUUUUGACUGGUGUGGAGGAUUAAAAGCAAAUCUUUGGUCAAAUUUGUCUGUAACGGCUGCGUAUCUUAUAAGCAACUUUGCGGUUUUAUCUGAUAAUCAAGCUGUUUAUACAAACGAAUCUAUUUUCAUAUGGUCAAAUACAAAUGCACAACACAAAGGUGACACAUGUGAAGUGAUGCAAAUAGUCCCAGCAAGAGGAACAGGUCAACCAAUUAUAUCUGUUCAAAGUGUUCAAUGUGAUAUAAAUGCAUCAUUUGUCUGUGCUUGGUCCAUUCCUGAAAUAAAAAUUCAGAACUCUACUGUCAAUUGCACGUCUGAUACUGGUGAAAUUUCAAUGAUUAAAGAUGAUAGUGUACAUUAUGACAACAACCGUGUUAAAACAUACAGAUUUCAAGCGCCAAAAUAUCACCGUAUUGUAUUAGAAAUAACAUUCUUAGAUUUAGAAUAUCAAUCAAAUUGUUUAUAUGAUGCUCUGAUAUUUAGAGGUUUCAAAAACGUUACCUCUUUGUGUGGGAACAUGACAUCUCAUAUGCCGAAAUAUUUGAUAACUUUAACGAACAAUGCAUCGAUUACAUUCCGAAGUGACGAAAGUGUUUUAGGAGAUGGAUUUCAUUUCAAAUGGACGUUUGUUAAUACAAUUAAUUGCUUUGACAUACAGUCGUACGGAAACUCUGGAAUAAUUAAAUCAUUAAACUUUCGCAAACCUUUUAUGGAUGAACGCUUUUGUUGUUCUGACAUAAAUACACCUACUGGCUCUAGAGUGAUUCUACAAGUUUCUUAUUCAAAAUUUUCUGCUGACGAAUCUUGUGUCAGCAUAAUUUAUACACCUGAGGGAAAAUCAAAACAGUUCUGCGGUUAUAAACAAUUUCGAUCUGUCUCUGAGACAAUAAUUUCUUCCAAUAAUUCAAUAAAUUUGUGCCUUAAUUCAAAGCAGCUAUAUCAAGAUGAUGGUUUCCAGGGAAACUACUAUAUAGAUUAUUCUCCUACUCCCAAAGUUGUUACAGCAAAACAGCUUCAACCAAAUUCUAGUGGAGAGAUUGUUAGCCCGCAUUAUCCGGACUUUCCACCACUAAAUAUCGUUCAGAUAACAAGUUUAAUUGCCCCAAUUGGAUACCGAAUAGAUCUUAAUAUGUCUUCUUAUGUUCGGAAAAUGAAUGGAAACUGUAGCUUAUCUAAUUUAGAAAUUAUUGAUGAUACACUUGGAAAAUUCAACACUAUCAAACUGAUGAACUCAUCUUGUGCAUCAGAUGGAAAGGAGCAAGUUGUUAUACAAUCAAAUCUAAACAAAUUGAAAAUAAUUUUCAAAGUUGGUGCAGAGACUGCCGAAAGAAGUUUGAGCAAAUAUAGUGCCACAUUUUCUGUAAAACCAGAUAUUGACUACCUUUUGAAAACAGAAGCAUAUCCAAACACUCCCUUUGCUGAAUGCUCCAAUAAAAGUUGUUUAAAUGGAGGACAUUGUCAAAAUGUAUCAAUCGAAGAAUACAUCUGUCAUUGCCCUGUUCAUUUCACAGGGAUGUUUUGUCAAGUUUCCUGGUGCGAUUUACCUGUAUGCCAACAUGGGACAUGUGUUCUUGGUAAUGGCGGUUAUAGUUGCGACUGUGAUAAAGACUACUGGGGAGUUAAUUGUGAAAUAACGUCGAUUCAAUGUGCUGCAAUGGUAUGUUCGGGUAAUGGUGUUUGUAUAGUGGAUACCAUUUCAGGAAAGCCAUGUAGCUGUAACAAAGAGUGGACAGGUCAAAACUGCAGUAUUUAUGAGAAGCCCCAUAUUACUACGCAGUCAAAACGAACACUUAUGGACGAGCCUAUUUGGAUAGGAAUGAUAACCGUUUUGCUUUUAUUAAUUCUCUUCGGAUUGGCCCUUUUAACUAGACGUAGAUGUAGUAGAUACUUCAAAUGUUGCGAAGAUACAGAUGAAAUUCUUAAAAAACAAGCAGAAAAUGCUAUUCCUGCGCACAAAAAUUAUACUCCGUCCACACAGGGAACACCAACAGGAACCAGUACAUCAGCUACGAAAUUUAAAUUUGAAGAAGAUUCGUCUAACUUUUUAAAAGUAGAGUCGCAGAAUGACAUGGAGCCAUUUCAUACCCCUCCAAUUGAUGUUGAAAAUUAUGGAGCAGCAGUCCGACUUUUUGAUGCCUAUAAAAGUAAAUCUGAGAAACGAUCCGCAGAAAAACAACUAUCUAUAUUAGGAUAUGAAAAUCAACAAUCAUCUGGAAUUGUGGACGGUACCUUGCAAUUUCUCCAGCUGGAUAAUGACAUUUUGUCUUCGGAUAAUGAAACCUAUUCUAAAUUUAUACCAUUUUCCAAUCCAGAAUUACGAAAAUCACUUUCAUCUUUACCAAGUUCACAAAAAGAACGGAACUCGACAUUUGUAAAAUCGAAUUCAGUACAAGCCGAUUUUAGUGGUGUGACUCACUGUUAUCCUCAUAUAGUUAUUGUGAAUGAUACUAGUUAUGAAAAUUUAGAUGAUGCCGAGAAUGGCGACAUUCCUAAAUUUACUAGAGAACGAAAAAAAUCUAUACAGAGACAAAAGACCUUAGACGAUCUUGAUGCUCAGAGGAAAAGAGAAGUAUUUGCCUCAAAACCAAAAACCUCAAGUACAAUGCUUGAUAUUCCACCGUUUGAGUCACAUUUGGCACAGAGAAGAACUCGGUGCAACCACGAGUUAGCGAGAAAAUCUCCAAGCAUUACACCUACGUCGUUUGAAUCAGACCCUACCUACCGUUGUAACAGACAUGAAAGAAGACGAAGAAUAAAAUCAGGAGCAGAUUCCUCAGAGGAUGAAAUAGAUCGAUAUAUGAAUAGGUCAUUCUGCUCGCAACCGGACCGAUUACAAGAAAUGGUAAAUGAAUGUAAAUGCUGUGGAAUCGAAAGAGUACGACCGAGAAGGCCAAAAUAUUUACGGUUGUCACGUAAAAAAACUCAACAGCGUGAACACAGUUUUACGUCAGAAAGGUCAAGUAGUGGUGAAAUUAGACGACAUCGACGUCAUCCAAGAGUUUCUAGUUUGAAUGAUUUUGGAAAUUACAAAAGAAAUCAUGUGACAAGACAUGUUUUAUCAAUCCCUAAUGAAAGUUCAGAACCUGCUAAAAGGGUGUCUUUACAUAUCAUGGAAGAAAAUCAAAUUGAUAACAAUGGAUAUCGUAAGAUGCCUGUUAGAAAAUCAAGAAGCAACGAUCUUAAUUUAAACAAAACUCCCAGUGUCAACCAGGUUUCAGAUAAUGGAUCACCUUUCAGAAAACGUAGCCAGUCAUUCCAUUCAGAAACAUCAGAUACCAGAAAAACUCGCAAUCCCGAUGAUCUUUUAAAUAAUGACCAGAAAGCAGGUCCGUCAUUUUAUCUAGCAAAUGAAAAUCAAGAACAAGAAAAGUCUAAAACGUUAAAACUUUCGACCGUAGACCUGGCAGUAGUGUCUACUUCCUCAGCAUUAAGUGUAACCGACACCGAUACUGGGUUUUCGUCAUCGUCUCCGUGGCGGGAAACCACAGACGAGAAUGUCGCAGAAAAGCUUAGAAUUCAUAGUUUAAAAGACUCAGCAUAUCAAACAAAACAGUCAUCUGUCGAAAGACAUCCCUACGAAGGUCCUACAAAUUCUUACGAAAAACCAGAAGAUGUAAAACUGAACGACAGAAUAGACAUGACCACCAAGCUUCAGCAAGCAGCCAGAAGAUUAAUUAUGUACGAGAAGAAUUCGCAGUUUUCUAAAGACAGCGCUUUCACAAAUACCUUUUCAGAAAAUGAAGAUACAGAUUCAGACAAGUCACCAAGAGAAUUACAUCCACCACUUCGACCAAGAACCAGUAAUUUUUCACUACAUCCUAAACUGUUCCCAUUAGAACAGGUGUCGGAAGAAGGUGAUAGCCACACACCCGAAUCUGCAACUAUUAAUGGCGAUAAUAAUACACAGUCACAGUCAGUGUUUACUGAAGACAUUGAAAUGAAGGAAUUUGUUGUUUAAAAGUCAUCAGAGUACCAUAAAUUGAUGAGUGAAAUUUACAAUAUGCAAUUCAGAUUAUUUUUAACUUCAAAACUGAACUUUAACAAUUAUUUGACAUCAGACUACUCUUAACUGUUAGGGGAAUAGUUUACCCUAAGAUAGUACCUUCAAAAUUUGUUCUAGGGAAGAACUAUCAUAAUAUCUUCUAGGACAGAUCUUUCAAAAGUUGUUCUGUGAUAAAGCUGUCCAAUUUUUUUUUCUCGAUUUGAACUGUCCAAUUCUAUUCUAGUGCCGAAAUAUGAAAAUUCAAACUAAGUCGAAUUAAUUAUGGCAUCAGUAAUAACCAAUGCUGAAAAUGCGCAUGAAUACAACGUUGAUACCCAAAAGCUGAGGGAAACUAAAAUUCGGGUAUACUGACAAGAUAUUACAUCAUUUGCAAAGCCAAUUUAUAAUCAUUCAUUCCUUUCCUUUUACGUUCGAUAUUACAAAGUGAAUAUAUUUAUACAUGAUUUAUCGUCGAAGUAAAAACGCAGGACUAAAACUUAUGACCGUGGUGUUCAUCCUCAUAAUUAUUGUUUUUUAAUUACUUACAUUUUAAUUCGUGUUCCGAUUUUUUUGGGUGAUUUUGACAGUUUGCGCCACGCUUAUAUGUAAACAUGAAAUUUGCAACAGGGAUUGAGAACAGUUUUUUGUCUGACAGUUCCUAACUGAUUUGAUCACCAGUAUAUUCCAAACGUAUAUAAGAACCACUGACGGAAAACUGCAGUAAGAGUAAAAAAACAAUUUAAAUUUAUGUGUAUUUCAAUUUAUAAACAAAACAGCGUUGACGGUGCACAUUGCCAUCACAACGGUUUGAAAUCAAAUCAUAUUCGUCUUGAGUAUUAAAGUUAUAAUGACCAAUUAACAUUUAAAUCAUAGUAACAUCAUCCGUUAGACAUAUAUUGAAGAUAGUUUAUAUAAUGAUUUAUUCAAAAGCCAAACUUCAUGAUAACAUUUCAUUUAUUUCAUAAAAAUCUGGUUUUAAGCUAUACACUUUACACUAAAUUUGGUGCCAACUUGUCUCGAGAUAUUUUUAGCACAUCAUAUCUUGUAUUAUAUGGGGAAGAUAUUACUUCAGGGUACAAUAGUUGUUCCAACCAAAUUAUCUUAAAUUUGAAAAAUCAUUUAAAUUUAACCGUUGACGAUUGAAUGGAUGUCACAUCAUUGUAUAGUCCUAUUGUUCGGCAACUCUUUUCACAAAAAAAUCUUACGAUUUAAAUUAAGCGUUAGAUUUUAUAACAUAGAUUUUAUAACACUUGUAUAACUUGCGUAAUUUUUUUUGGUGAAAAAAUCCGCUGAUCUUUGUCUGUUGAAGUUACAAUGUGAUAUCAUAUUUUCGCCAGCCAAACUUGGUUGAAUAGACGUCCAGCGUUAUGCAGGUUAUCUUUCUAUUUUGCAGUAUGUAUUUUAUGAUAAUUUAUAUGUUUUCAUGGUUUGGUUCUGGUAAACUUUAUGUUAAAGCCUUAAAAUUGUCUGAAGAAAUUUUUUUUCUUCUAAUUUUGUCUUUAGAUUUUAUGUUCUUCUGUAAAAUAUUCUUUUUAAUUAUUUAAUUUUAUUGAGUAUUAUAACUUAAUUCUUGACAGAAAAUAAUACUUUGUGUAUAUCAUCAGUGUAAGAUUACUACUGAACAAACAUGUGACUAAAUAAACAAACAAACAAGCAAACAAACAAAUAAAUAAACAGCAAUACUGCUUCUAUUUGUUUCAAUCAUGUUAAAAUUCAGCAAGAAAUGAUUUCAGGAUUGUGAUUCGAGAAACACAGUUUCAAAUGGAAUAUAUAUUCCAUUGAAGGUGAUAAUUGAUUCUCUCUUGGGCAUUUGUAUAAGUUUUGUUUUUUUCAGUUAGUUUGGCCGCGACCAUCUCCAAAGAGACAUAAAAUGUUGAUAUGCAUAAGCAUCUAUUGGUUGUUUAAUUUUUUUUCACACAUCCUUGUAAAGGAGCAAAUAUGUUUAAAAUAUAUACAGAGCAUAACAAAGAUUUCCCUGAAAUUUUAUUACAAACAUAUCGUCCGUUCUUUUGAAUUCAUAUAUUUAUAUGCAUGUAUUUUGAUAUAUAUGUUAAACAUAAAAGAUGGUAUAUUUUGUCGAGUUUUAUACAUAUUUUUAUCUUGUUUGGUGGCUAAUUGAAAUCACUUUGCCAGAGACAUACCGUUUACAACAUUAUUCAAUUAUUUAAUUGGUAACUGAGAAUCAAGACUUGUAUAUAUUUAUGUUCUUUAACCUUAAGAAUGGAGCUAUAAUCAGGCGUUCAACCAAUGAUAAAAUCACCAAAAUACGUUCCGUUCCGUUUCAAAUUUACUUAUAUUAUAACUCAUUUAUCAAUUAGAUUACAAAAGAGCUCGACCAUUUGGGCAAUUUAUGUACAUCACUUUGUCAAUUUUCCAGAAAAAAUCAUCAUUUUGUAUUAUCGAAUGGUUGAUAUACUUUCAUACAUUUGUAAACAGGGGCCUUUUUGUGUUUUAACGAUACAUUAUUAUUUGUUUUUUUAACUUGGUCAAUCCUUCAGUGUUAAUUUUGAGUAGGUUUUCACUCAUGUAGAUACAUCGUAUUUGA